UAGCUAGUAGAUAUUCCAGAGCUGUCAUUUUUCAACGUGUAACCAGAGGCAGAUACUGACUGUGCUAGCAGUGCACUUUGGCCACUUCAUAACAAGACAGCGAAUACAGAAUUGGACAUUAGACCAUGACGGAGGAGGCUUUCGAUGUGGUGGUGGUGGGUUCCUGUAUGACUGACUUGGUCAGCCAGGCACCAAGGCUACCCAAGGCGGGAGAGACCAUCCACGGUCACAAGUUCUUCAUUGGUUUCGGAGGCAAAGGGGCAAACCAGUGUAUUCAGGCCGCUAGAAUGGGAGCCAAGACUGCCAUGGUCUGCAAGGUUGGCAAAGACUUCUUUGGAGAAAACUACAUCCAGAAUUUCAAGGACAAUGGUGUAUCCACAGAGUUUGUGGGGCAGACGGUUGACUCGGCCACUGGUGCUGCCUCCAUCAUUGUCAACGAUGCAGGGGAGAACGCCAUUGUGAUCGUGGCUGGUGCCAACCUGCUACUGGGUGGUGAGGAUCUGCGGCGGGCACUGCCAGCCUUAAGCCGUGCCAAGGUAAUGGUGUGCCAGCUGGAGGUCAGCCCGGACACCUCCCUGCAGGCCCUGCGCCUGUCCCAUGAGAACAACGUGAAGACCAUUUUCAACCCAGCGCCAGCCAUUCCAGACCUGGAUCCCGAAUUCUAUAGAGCAUCUGAUGUGUUCUGCUGUAACGAAUCCGAGGCAGAGCUGCUGACGGGGGUGGCCGUGGCGAGUAUAGAGGAUGCUGGCCGGGCCGGACAGGAGCUGCUGAGGCGAGGCUGCAACUCGGUCAUCAUCACCCUGGGCUCCCGGGGCUGCGUUGUGCUGUCGGCACAGGAGCCCUCGUCCCCAUCACACCACGUCCCCACCAAGCCGGUGACAACGGUGGAUACCACGGGAGCCGGAGACAGUUUCAUUGGUGCCCUGGCCUUCUACAUGGCUCAUUUCCCCACAAUGUCUCUGGAGGAGAUGGCCAGGAGAGCCAAUCAGGUGGCAGGAGUGAGUGUACAGACAAUUGGGACGCAGGCGUCUUAUCCCUCUAAAAAGGACCUACCCACAGACCUUUUCUAGAGAAGAUGGCAACUUGCACACUAAAUGGACACUGUGAGCCUGAACAAUCUAAAACACUGUGCCAAGUACUCUAUCAAGUAAUUAAACGACUAUGUAAAUAACUUAAUGGUGACCAUUGUCCUUUAUUCAUCUGCCAUAACAGUAGUCAUAAUUUUUUUUUUUUUUUAUAUUCCAAUAUGUCCAAUAAUGUGAUGUAAAUACUUUUUGCUUCAUAUUAAAUGUGUUCCACAAACUCA